AUGGACCCAUUCGCCAGCUAUGCAGCGCUCGACAAUCCACAACAGUUCUGGGCCGAACUCGAGGAUAUUCUAGAUACCCCCUUCCAUCCUCCACCACCCUCCUCCUCAUCACAUCCUUCCACUUCGACCGCAGAUGCAGAAGCAUUGCUCCACGCCAAACGCAUCUACACCGCCAGCGUGCUCGCCAAGUUCCUCCACCUCUGUGCCGCUUCCUUCAACGACAAUCUCAGCUCUGAAUACAACCAGCACUAUUGCAUCAGCCGUCUUUUCUCUUCCACUGCUUUUCAUGACGAUGCAGAUCCAUCACCAGCAGCAGCCGAUGAUCCGACCAACAUUGCCAUGCACCAGCUCGCUGCAGAAGAGGCUAUCCGCAUUAUGCAGACUUCCACCUCGAUCCCUGUCCUGCUCAUCACCUACGAAAUCGUGCUCCAAUACGGAGACGCUUUCCCUUCCACAUACAAAUCUGUCCAGGCUUCAGCUUCGACAGUAUCCUUUGUUGGCCUGAGAGCAUUCUUGCAUAGGCUGGUGCAUCAGAUUUGGGCAGGAAGCUAUGCCGCACAAGCAGAGGCAAAGAUUGGCAUCUCCCAACAGCAGCAGCAGCAACAGUCGGGCCUCGUAGGCUGCAAUGGUGCACACUCGCAUCAACAAGAUGCCUACCAACAAGUCCAUCAAGAACGAGCAUCAUCAUCCACAACGCCAGCGCAGACUUCAACAGCGACCUACAUCGAGCGCCCUCUCACCUCCUCUUCAGCUUCCAAAUCCAUAGCCAUCCAAAUCAGUCUGCGCGAGAAAGCCGUCCGGAUGCUAUACCAAGUUUGUCGUGUUCAGAAACUCGAACCUUCUCAUCUCAAAGCCUUUGACGAACGAUUCAUCCACCAUCUCUUCGAUCUCGUGGAAGAGACGAGACAUCAUGAUGAUGAAGAUUUCAAUUAUCGACUCAUCAAACUCCUCGUGGCCGUCAACGAGCAGUACAUGGUCUCCACCCUCACCCUCACCCUCACCCUCACCCUCACCUCCACCGCCUCUGCAUCCAGCUCGACUGCCACUGUUUCGGCACAGGUCGAUCCUACAACCCGGACCCAUACCCGCCCGCUCAACUUGGUGCUCAGUGUGUUGCAGCAAAGGUUGAAUGCAAGUAAAACUUUCGGCGAGAACGUCAUCUUUAUGCUCAAUCGCGCCUCCAGCUCCGAUGCUGAAGACGUAUGCAUGCAGUUGCUCCUUCUCAAACUUCUCUAUCUCCUCUUCACGACAAAGGCGACAGCGUGUUACUUCUACACCAACGAUCUCAGGGUGCUGGUCGACAUUUUUAUUCGCAAACUACACGAUCUUCCCGAUGAGUCCGAGUCUCUUAGACACACCUACCUUCGAGUUUUACAUCCCUUGCUUACAAAUACACAGCUUUGCACCUAUCCCUAUAAACGACCGCAAAUCAGACACUUGCUUGAUGCUUUACUUGCUCAUGCCCAUUUACGCGAUAUAUCACCAACGACGAGGAGGCUGGUGGAUAGGUGUUUGCGUGCCGAAUGGUGCGUAGAGUUGGACAGACUCGAUGGAACAGAGCGCACUGCUAAAGUCCAACCCAUAGGAGGAGGUCAAAGUCAUAUCAAGGUGAUGCAGCCAGGUGUAACAUCCGAGGGUUUACCCAUGUUAGCGACAAAGAUCAAGGAAAACAGCGAUAGUGUACAAGCUACCGCAAACUCACUCGCUGCUACAACCGAGGAAGAAGGUGUCAGUCCGGUAAGCAUCGACACUACCUUGUCUGCUACCAGCCUCAGCUUGGAUUCCGCAUCAGAACCACCCAGGCUCAGUUCAGGAUCAGCAAGUCUCAGCGUCCCAUCCACACUACCAACUAGAGAUAAAAGUCUCGCAUCCUUCUCCAACCAUGCUCGUUCACCAUCGGAAGAUACUUCUCCAUGCCGACCCACCUCUGCCGCAGCUGUGAGCAGUGCUACGGAUAGCACACUGGCGCAGAAUCGUAGAGCGCUUUCAGCUUGUACUCAAUCGGCUUCUUGGACUCCACCCAGCGUUGAUUCUCCUGGCUUACGCCAAUCUUCUCCUUUGUCCGAGGUGGGUGCGCAGAAGGAUGAUGCGUUGAGCACCGCUAGUUCUUGGCAUGCAUAUCGGUUGCAGGAUGCACUCGCUCAAUCGGGCAACGUCGAGGGUGGGGAAGGAUCGCAUUUCGAUCAAUAUCAGAACGAGGCAGAGGCGAGGGUUGCUUCUCCGCUUGUAUCCGCGAAUACAUUCCAGGUGCUCAGUGGUGGUGGGCAUUCGGGGGAAGGAUCUGAUUCAACCAUCACCGCAUCUUGCCCCGUAGGAACUGGAAUGAAUCCAACCCCUCCAGCAGGAGAGGCACCAAAACGGAGAAAACCACCGCAACCACCCACUUGCGCAGCAACAACACCAACCGCCGCACGCAGAGCAAUGCAACUCUCUUCCUCAGAACCGCAUUUCUCGCAUAACACCAAUUCUCCAAAUCCUCCCCACUCAGCAUCUCCUUACCCCGCUUCGGCGAGUUCAACCCCGGCUAAUCAAGAUGCAGGACAAUCAGGAGGUGCAAAAGGUAGUGUGGCGAGUGGUGGAGGUAGGAGAAGACCUCCCCCUCCCCCUCCCCCUCCCCCUCCCCCUCCCCCUCCCGCAGUCUCUCAGAUGGUACAAUCGGUGCAAAGGCGAGAAAGAAGAGCAAUCCGCCAGCUGAAAGGCUGA